AUGAUAUUAUCAGAUGGUAAACAAAAAGAAAAAAUUAAUGAUGAUGUUGAGGAAGUUCCCCAGUUUCUUUUUGUUCAUCAAUCGGAAACACAGAAGAGGCUUCUAAAUAUUUAUGGCCAGGAGAUUUGCUUGUUGGAUGCAACAUAUAAAACAUCGAGAUAUGACCUUCCUCUGUUCUUGGUUUGCGUCAAUACAAAUGUUGGAUAUAGUGUUGUAGCGUCUUUUAUAGUUGCUAAUGAGAAUCGCUACACCAUUCAAGAGGCACUCAUUAAAUUGAGAGAUUGGAAUCCCAUGUGGAAGCCCAAAUAUUUCAUGUGUGAUUUUGAUUUGAGAGAAAUUUGGGCGCUUGAACAAACAUUUGAAGAUUAUAUCCUCUACUUGUUGGUACGUAUGAUUUGGUUUAAUGGUGUAUCUUUGUGACUUCCAUAGGGAACAAGCCUGGCACA